GGAACUGGGGAAAGUGGGUGAUACUGGGCAAUACUGGGGGACACUGGGUGAUACUGGUGGAUACUGGAGGAUACUGGGAGCACUGGGAGGGCGGAACUGGGUGGAACUGGGUGGAACUGGGAGCACUGGUGACCUGCUGGUGACCCCUGGCCCCGCCCCCAGCGGCCACGCCCGUCUGGUGCUUCACGCGAUUGGGAGGAGGCCGAGGGGGCGGGGCCUGCGCGGAGCCGCUGGGGGAGGAGCCGCUGCCAUUGGCCGAUUGCUGCCUGAACCCCGCCUAUGGCUACAGGCCCCGCCCACAGAGCCACUGCCGCUCCUGCCGCGCGGGCGCCUGGGGGCCGUGGGAGCCCUGGAGCAGCUGCUCGGUGACCUGCGAGGAGGGGACACAGAGGAGGGACGCAGCCGCAGCCCCGGGGGACACGGCGGGACAGCACCGAGUGGCAGCUGAGAGCGUGUGACAUGGGCUGCUGCCCCGUUCCGGGCUCCUGGUCCCCCUGGUCCCCUGGGGUGGCUGCUCUGUCACCUGUGGGGGGGGGUCCCAGCGGCGCCACCGCAGCUGCUCGACCCCUCCCCCCGCUGCGGGGGCUCCUGCGGGCCCGGCGACAGCGAGGACACGCGACAGUGCCAGGGACAGCGACAGUGUGUCCCGUUUCGGGCGCGUGGGGCCCGUGGGGGCCGUGGGUCCCUGCUCGGGCUCGUGCCGGGGCUCGGGUUCGGGUUCGGGUUCGGGGCCGGUUCGGAGCCGCCGCCGCCGCUGCGAUUCCCCGGAGCCAUCGCGAGACCCCCCCGGGACCCCCUGCCCGGGGAGCGCCACCAACAGCGAGCCCUGCCCGGGCUGCCCCCCUGCCCCGUGGACGGUGCCUGGGGGCGUGGUCUCCGGCCACGCCCUGCCCGGUCACGUGCGGCCUGGGCGGGGUCGUUCUGAGCCGCGCCUGCGACGCCCCCUCCCCAAAAUACGGGGGGCGGGGCUGCGAGGGACCCCAGACCCGGCGGGGGCUGUGCGGGCCCCGAGACCCCUGCCCAGAGUCCCCGCACUGGGGUCCUUGGGGCCCCUGGAGCCCUCAGUGUCCCUGUGUGUCCCCAUGUCCCCGCAGAGUCCCCGCACUGGGGUCCCUGGGGCCCUGGAGCCCGUGUCGCCGGCCCUGGGGUGACAUCAGCUGCAGGAGCCUGGCGGGGCAGCAGCGGCGCACGCGGGAGUGCGCGGGGCACAGCGCGGGGGGCGCGGCCUGCCCGACCCACGGGGGGGCGAGCACGAUCGAGCUGCGGGCGUGUUACAGCGUGAACAACUGUCUGCGUGAGUCACCUAUGGAUACCCUAUAG